AUGCCUAUUCGGCUCCAUGUCUUGGCCAGCUCCGCGAGACACGCCGUCAGCACUUCGGUGGUGCUCGUCAGCUGGCUCAUCGCCGUCUACCUCACCCCGCUGCUGCUCCACCUGUCCUACUUCCUCGCCGUCGACCUGCUCGGCUUCCUCGCCUUGGUCCUCCUCAAGCCAAGCAACCCCGGGUACCAUCCGCGCUACGUCGACGUGUUCUUCAUGUCGACGUCCGCGGUCACGGUCACCGGACUAGCCACCGUCGAGAUGGAGGACCUCUCCAGCGCCCAGCUCGUCGUCCUCACCCUCCUCAUGCUCCUGGGCAGAGAGAUGUUCGUCUCCUUGCUCGGCCUCGUCCUCGAGUCGUCGCGCAAGCGACGACAGCAGCAGCGCGACCAUCAAGAUCACGACGGCAGGGUCAUGGCGGCCGCCGUCUGCGACGAGCCGGAUCUCGAACAGGCGAAUAAUCCGGCGCCAACUCCGUCUGCGGAUUCGUCCGGCGAUGGUGACGAUCGCAAGGAGACCUGCCGCGCCUUCAGAAGCUUAGCGCUCGUGGUAUCGGCCUACAUGGCCGCGAUCCUCGUCGUCGGCUCCGUGCUGGUGUUCGCGUACGUCGCCACUGUCCCGACCGCGCGCGACGUGCUGGCGAGGAAGCGCAUCAGCGCCGCGCUCUUCUCGGUGUCCACCACCGUGUCGUCCUUCACCAACGGCGGCCUGCUCCCGACGAACGAGAGCAUGGCAGUGUUCGCCGCUAACCGUGGCCUGCUCCUACUGCUGGCAGCACAGAUCCUCGCCGGCAGCACGCUGCUCCCGGUGUUCCUCAGGCUGGCGGUGAGCGCCACGAGAGGGCUAGCGAGGGCGUUGUUCUUGUUCACCGGGCGAGGAGGACCCGUCGAGGAGCUCGUGCCCAUGGACAUGGAGAAGAGCGCCGCAGCGGCGGGCUUCGGCCACCUGCUGCCAAGAGGCCCGCGGGCAGCCUCCCUCGCCGCCACGGUGGUCGCCGUCGCGGCCGCGCGCCGCGACGCUCCUCUGCUGCCUGAACUGGAACUCCGCGGUGUUCAGGGGCUCACCGCCGGCGAGAAGCUCACCAACGCCGUGUUCAUGUCCGUGAACGUGCGCCAGGCCGGGGAGAACUCCGUCGACUGCUCCCUCGUCGCGCCGGCGGUGCUGGUGCUAUUCCUCGCCAUGAUGUGCAUCCCGGCGUCGGCGACAUUGUUAUCGGUGCACGACGACGGAAGCGAAAUGAAAAGGAGCGGCGCCGGAGAACCCGAAAGCAGGGAUGGAGCGGAGAAGAAGAGGAGACUGUCGCUGAACAGCAUGCUGCUGUCGCCGCUGGCCUGCAACGCCGCAGCGGUAAUGCUCGCCUGCAUCACUGAGAGGCGAUCGAUCUCCGGCGACCCGCUCAACUUCUCCACGUUCAACGUGAUCUUCGAGGUGAUCAGUGCUUAUGGGAACGUGGGGCUGUCCACUGGCUACAGCUGCUCGAGGCUGCCGCCGGCAGCGGAGGAGGCGACCGCCGCCUGCCAUGACAAGCCAUACAGCUUCUCCGGGUGGUGGACCGACCAGGGGAAGCUGCUCCUUGUUCUCCUCAUGCUCUACGGGAGGCUCAAAGGCUUCCACGGACAGCGACGCAGGAGGUGA